GAAGGAAAUGCGUGAGCAGGGUCAGCGGCACCGCCAUCCCCAUGCAGCUCGGAGCCCGGCAGUGCCUGGCUGGUUCCUGCUCCAGCAUGGAGAGCCUCAGCGAUGGACGGCUAUCACGCAGGCUUGUGCUGUGCUGUGCCCUUUGGGGACUCUGCUUGGCCUCUCCAGACUAUGAUGAUUACUCCCAAAACAGCACCAGCGAGCAGGUAACCGUGUCAGAGAACGCUCCGUGUCCUCGUGCCAUUCCCGGGGAAAAGGUGACAGUAGACAACACCACGUACCUGGUGAUCCGCGAGGCCUCGCGCUCCCAGCUGAGGAGCGUGGUCACGGUGCGGCUCAUCCCCUGCCUCUACACCCUCGUCUUCCUCGUGGGGCUGCCUUCCAACGGGCUGGCCCUCUGGGUGCUGGCCACCAGGGCCGAGAAGCUGACCUCCACGGUCUUUCUGAUGAACCUGGCCGCGGCGGACCUGCUCCUCGUCCUGGUGCUGCCCUUCAAGAUUUCCUACUAUUUCCUGGGGAACAACUGGCCCUUUGGGGAAGGCCUGUGCCGCCUCACCACAGCUUUCUUCUACGGGAACAUGUACUGCUCGGUGCUGCUGCUCACGUGUAUCAGCGUCGACCGGUACCUGGCCGUGGUGCACCCCUUCUCCUCGCGCUCCUUCCGCACCCCUGCCUUCGCCGCCUGCGUCUGCGCUGCCGUCUGGCUCUGCGCCGCCACCCUCACCCUGCCCCUAACGCUGCAGCGGCAGUCGUACCCCCUGUACGAAGCGGACAUCACCCUGUGCCACGACGUUCUGCCCCGGCACGAGGACGACCGGUAUUACUUCUACUACUUCGUCUGCCUGAUCGCCUGCGCUUUCCUCGCUCCGCUGGCGGUGACGCUCUUCAGCUACUGCUCGGUGCUGCGAGCCCUCCUGGAAAGCGGGAAGCGGUACUCCUACUCCAUGAAGCUCACUGCUCUCGUGCUGGUCACGCUCGUGGCCUUCUACGCGCCCAGCAAUAUUCUCCUCCUUGUUCACUACUCCAGCUAUUGCUCCAAGCUGUAUGGUGACCCCUAUAUCAGCUACAUGGUGAGCCUGGCCGUGAGCACCUUCAACAGCUGCGCCGACCCCUUCGUUUACUACUACGUUUCUGAAGACUUCCGAGAGAAGGUGAGGAGAAGAUUCUUCAAUCGCAGCAAACAAACCACCACAUCUUUAAAAACAUCCAAAGAAACGCUCCCUCAAAAAAGUUCCAAAGAUUCACUGGUGUGAGGCCUCCGUCCCAGCUCCUCACUCCCGAGGCCCUCCCAAAACACGCUGGGGGAAGACAAAGACAACGCUAAGACGCAUCACUUCUGUCCUCAGCAUAAAAAUAUGGUCUAACCAGUUCAGAGCCUGCAAUGGGAAUGAAGAGAAGCAGACAGAAUUGUUUUAAAAUCAGUUUUUAAUAAAAUAUUUAUCAAAAUCUAAAACAAACCCUCUUCUGGACUCAGACUUGCUAAGAUUUGUGUGAAUAAACCACCAAAAAUUGUCA